UUCGCACUUGAUUUCCCGAUCCUGUUUGGUUUCGUUUUGACGUUUAGCAAUUUCGCAAGCAUAAUAUUAUCAAAAUUCUCAGUUGUGAUAGCAAGAAAUUAAUAGACUUUAAGGGUUUGACUGUCUCAAUUACUUCAAAACAUUUCCCGUCAUCCGAAUCAUGGUGGAUUUAGGAGGCUAUGUAAUCAUUCUGGUCGAAACCAAAGAUAAGAAAAUAAAGCUUUACGGUUCACCGGCAGAUAACGAUAACUUGGAAGUUGGCGAUGAAAUAUUGGAAGUUAAUGGUAAAACUCUCGAAGACGCAACUCACACAGAAGUUAUUCACCACAUUCACCAGUGUAUCAGAUCGAGAACAAUAUGUCUUCGAGUGAAAAGAAGAAGUGGUGCUCGCUUGGCUGUCGAUUUGGACCUUUGCUCCGACAACGUUCAAGAUGCAUUUGUCAUUGCGGUGGAGCAGCAGGCCCGGGAAAGAUUGGAGCGCCUCUCGGCGCUCAAACGAAUCACUCCUGUCGACAUGACCAAGUUGUCUCAACAGUUAAAUCAAGAAAGCAGUGUGCAAACUUCCGAAGAUCUGAAUGGUUUUAUCACCAAUUCUCCUAUCUACGUUACUUCUUUGACGGCUACAGAAAGUUCAAACAACAACUCCACAGGAAACAGAUCGGGAGGCGGCGUACUAUCGGGCACCACUUCCGUCGUGGCCGUGACUCGAACGGGUGGCAAGCAGCAACCGUCAUCCCGUGCUGCUUUGCCGACCAGUCGACCGGAAACUGGACCGUCACUGGCCAACGAUCUGCGCGCCAUCUCUCCUUUACAGGACACCACCGCGCAGCAAAACUUAGACGUAGCUCAAAGGAAAGACGGUAGCCCACCGCAGACGCUGGACGUUCAUCAGUUGGGCGACCGCCGUUCCUCUUCGCCAUUUCAAAACGGCCGGACUGAGUUACUUAUCGGCACCGAAGACAAUAAAUUCAAAACGACGGCCAUUGUGGAGAGCAAUAAUAAUAAACUUACAGUGGAGAACGAAUUGAGGCCACGAAGAAGGUCUGGUGGUAGUAUCGUCGUUCUAGAUUCGGAACUUCAGGAGCCCGUGAAGAAGCCACCAGACGACUUACUCGACGGGAAUAGUUUCGAUAUGGUUAUGAUGGUGUCUCCUGGCAAUGGCGAUGGGGCACCACACAGAGAAAUGGCGGUGGACGUUCCGGACAGUUUUGUGGCGAGGAACAAGACGCCUCCAAGAUAUCCACCGCCAAAACCCCCACUCACGCCUAGUCUCAACGGUAGUUUACCGAGCACCCCACACAAUAACCACCUCCAACCUUCCGCAACAACGCAGCAAGCGCCCCUUCACGCCCCCACAAAACCGGUCCCACCACCAAGAGACCAUCUGAAAAUUGAAGCGGACGGAAGGAUUGUAAAUAGAGCACCCGCCCCUCAAAUCCCGGCUCGGAUUCCCAACAACAACAAUAAUAACAUUAAUGUGGCAUCGUUGACGAACGCCACGGGGAAUUGCACGUCCGUGGUUACGGAGCCGACCAAGGAACAAUUGGACAGCAUCAAAAAGUACCAGGAGCAAAUUCGCAAAAGGAAAGAGGAGGAAGAUAGGAUAGCUGCCCAAAAUGAAUUCCUAAAUAGGUCCCUACGGGGAUCCCGGAAGCUCCAGGCGUUAGAAAGUAAGCCUCAAGGUGCUAUUAACGAUGCCUACGAAGACGAAAUAUCAGAUUCGAGGACGGAGACGCCCACCCCAGAGAAGGAGCAAGUUCACAUUGCCUAUGCAUAUGGCGAUUUGGUAGCGGCCGUGCAACGGUUGCAACUCCAGCUAAAGAAACCAUCGGCGGGUUCGGGGUUAUCUGGCUUGGAGGGCCGAAUAGCUGCCAUUCAGUCGCUGUUAUUCUCGCCCCAGUUUGGUCGAGCCCUAGCGAUACAUAAUAAAAUUCAAUCAGUACGUUCCAAGACUGCCACCAGAGCCGCCCCUAUCGCUCAAUCCGCUCUAAGGGACGCUCUAGAUUCUUUAAGCAGUUCGCAGAGUGCCUAUGCCGUGGAAUUGGCUACUCUUCUAACAGGGUAUGAGUUUGAAGCUUUAAUGGUUGCUCACGACGGAGUCGCGACGACUUUACCGCCCGACUCCACUUCACCGACGCCCUUACAAUCGGAUUCGCUUCCUUCUACCGUUUCGGGCAGUCGAUACGGCGAUGAAAAUAUCAAAAUAAUUAGAAUAGAAAAAACGACUGAACCGUUGGGUGCGACGGUGCGAAACGACGGCGACGCCGUAGUGAUAGGGAGGAUUGUUAGGGGCGGUGCGGCCGAAAAGAGCGGCCUCUUACACGAAGGAGACGAAAUUCUCGAAGUGAACGGAAUUGAAAUGCGCGGUAAAAGUAUAAACGCAGUCUGUGAUAUUCUUAAAGAUAUGGAAGGGUCGCUUACGAUUCUCGUAGUGCCGGCGUCCCAUGUUAGGGCUCACAUGUCAAGGGACAUGGUCCUUCAUAUUCGGGCAUUAUUCGAUUACGACCCCGAAGACGAUAUGUACAUUCCAUGUAGAGAACUCGGAAUUAGUUUUAGGAAAGGCGACGUGCUGCACAUUAUCAGCCAGGAAGAUACCAAUUGGUGGCAAGCUUACAGAGAAGGGGAGGAGGAUCAAACUUUGGCCGGUCUAAUACCUUCAUUGACUUUCCAACACCAAAGGGAGAGCAUGCGACUCGCCGCAGAAGAGCGGAUGGCCAAACCACAGAAGAAGGCGACGGCGACACUUUUGUGUGGAACUACGGCGAAAAAGAAAAAGAAAAAAGGCGGGUAUGACGAAGGUGGUUACACGAUGUAUGCCAAUGACGAGAUGGACGCUGACGAAAUCCUCACCUACGAAGAAGUUUCGUUGUAUUAUCCUAGGGCUGAUAAGAAGAGGCCGAUAGUACUGAUAGGUCCACCGGACAUCGGGCGGCACGAACUUCGACAGCGACUGAUGGAAAAUUCGGAAAGAUUUGCAGCUGCAGUUCCUCACACGUCCAGGGCAAGAAAGGAAAAUGAAGUUGACGGACAAGAUUACCAUUUCAUAACCCGCGCGCAGUUUGAAGCGGACAUACUUUCGAGAAAGUUCGUAGAACACGGAGAAUAUGAAAAGGCUUAUUACGGAACGUCGCUCGAUGCCAUUAGAUCGGUAGUGAAUUCGGGAAAAAUUUGCCUAUUAAAUUUGCACCCGCAGAGUCUAAAAAUACUGAGGACUUCGGAUUUGAAACCGUACGUCGUAUUCGUUGCACCACCCAACCUUGAAAAUAUGAAAAUUAAAAAGGAUAGGUUAGGCGAAACGUACAAGGAAGAAGAUCUAGUUGACAUAAUCGAAAAAGCAAGGGAAAUGGAAAAAAAAUACGGCCAUUUUUUCGAUAUGAUCAUCAUUAAUAACGACACCGAAAGAGCGUACCACGAUUUGUUGUGCGAAAUCAACAGUCUGGAGAGGGAACCGCAGUGGGUGCCCGCCGUUUGGGUUAAGUCUACGUAAGGUAGCCUUUUUUAAGGAUUACAAAAAUUAAGAGAAAGAGAAAAUGAGACUUACAUUAACCGCCGUGGAAAGCCAAAAGUAAUGUGCUGCGAAGAGCGUGAGAACAUGUUAUGCCUAUAUCUCUAAGUUUUAUUAAAAUCGACAAAUAGGGUGGAAUCCAUUUUGAAAUGUUAUUAUAUUCCUACACCGAUUUUCGAUGUGCCAAUAAUUACCUUGUUUUACUUCGUGCACUUUUGUAAAACUCUCGUCUUAUAUCUUAUACUUUUCUAGUCAUAAUACUGUUAAUAAAUUAAUUGUAGCUGUGAAUUUUUUGACUAUGUAGUAAGACAGAUAUUCACGAAAAUUUGUAAGUUUUUUUUGUGACCGUUACGAACACUUGAACGUGAUACAUCACAAAAUAUAUAGAUUUUUUGGAAAACGCGUAUUGAAAAGAUUUCUUUUUGUACGAAUUUUAUUAUUAUUAAUUUGGUUUAUUUAACUUUUUAUUGUGUUGUCAUUAUUGGGAGAAUAAUUGAAUUCAGGAGGGAUCGAGAACUCUUUCAAAAAUUGAUUGGGAUCUGUAUAAAAUUAAAUGAUUAAUAUGCCGUCGCUAGGUAUAUAAAGUUUUGAAGUCACAAAUAGGUUUUUACCUCAAAACUUUGUCGCUCGCUGAAGUUUUACAAAAUCAUAGAGGGAAGAAAUAAAUGGUAGAUUCCAAUAAAUGUGUUUAGAAUAAAUUUACCGCAGGCAAAAAACUUAAAGUCGCAGAGGCAAUUAAUAUAAAGAAAUUAAUAUCAUGGUAGUUUUAGUUGUGUAUUUAGUUUUUUAAGUGGAGCUUUUAAGUUUAUUAAAACACCAUAAAGUAAUGACAUUCCGAAUGCGAGGAUGUAUGUGAGCUUAUUUUGCAAUCAACCAAGAAUUAUACCAUCACAAAAUCGACUAGAUUUUAAAAUUCUAUUUUACUGCAUAAUAAGUUCAAGAUGGCGACAACUGUCAGACAAUAUGUGUUUACGAAUAUCCUUCAUAUUUUAACUUCGCAAUAUGCUACAAAUGGGCAGUAUCACUCGAGUAUCACUCGAUGAAGAAAUCUUAAAGGUGGUACCCUAAACAUUAAAAUUUAGUUAUAAAUCACAGACUUGGACUAAUGGUAAAGGUGCAAGUGGCCUUUUGAAAUAUUUGUUUAAACAAUGUUUCUUACAUUCCUAACAAUUUUCAUAAGCGUUUGUCUUCAAGUAACAUGCCCACUACAUUCAACUAUAAUUGUCAAAUACUUAAUUAUAUACAGGGAAGAGUUCACUUCAUAAAUAUGCUCAUGUAUGGAGUAUUCCGAAUAAAAUUUGUAUUAACCAAUUUGAUUGCAAGUGCGAAAUGGGUUAAAAAACAUUUCAAAUGUUCCUGAACUGUUUUAAUCAUUAGCUAUGCUACAAAACUUCAUAAUAUGUACAUAAUCAAUUUAAUAAUACACAUUUCAGUAAACGAAUGCUCACGAAAAUAACAUUCAGAGAUAAAAUUAUGGAAUAUUUAAGGGUUUGCACCGUUCAAAAAGAUUUUAGUUACGUCUUUCAUAUGUGCUGCUGACUGACGGUAACAUAAUUCGCUCACACAUUAUGAGCUAAUUUUUCUGUGAAAAUGGGUGUGCUUAAAAAAAAAAAGAAUUUUAUUUGUUAUAAAGAUAAUUUGUUCUUUCGCAAAUGCCGUAAUAUAUAAUGAAACAAAAAAUAUUUAUGUUUCUUCCUUAAUUUUGUUUUCACAUAACACAAUUGGUUAUAUCCACAAGAAAUUUUUGUGGAUUAAAUAUUUUGGUGUAUUGGCACGAACUGCCGAGGGAUUAAAAAGAAAAAGGUUAUGCACAAUAAUUCGUGCAAAUUAUUACGUCUUCCAUAAUUACUUCCCUGAUAAAAUUUUACCUUAGUAACAUACCUAUUUAAAAGAAAAAAUUAUAUAAGUGUUAGAUCACUUUCCAAAUCUCAUGAUUUAUUUCAGUUAUGAACUUUAACUUUUGUACAGUUCGCGGCGGAGACGGUGUUUAAAGAAUACCCGAUCUUUCUAACAACGUCUCUGGAAGAGGGUAUCGCAGAUUAGAAAUUAUUUUAUUCCUAGGGUGGAAUAGACGAAAAAAAUUAUAAAGUGUAUGGGUGCAAUCUCGUAGUUGUUUUUAUAUUUUUAAAUCCGCAGAGGAAAUCGACAUAAAAAUGGUUUGGAAAAUGCAAUAAUAAACAAAUAUUCUUAUGUCGAUUUGAAGAACUAUGAUUAUAUGUAUGUUCAAUCUGAAGCCACGUCUGUUUUAUUUAUUUAUAGUUUUUUUAAUUGUAUAUAAGAUAUAUCAAAUAUGUACAUAUAUAAGUCAGACCCUAUGGCGUUUGAUGAUUUUCAUGUAAAGUAUAAUUAAAACCGUUAUCAUGUGACUUCAGGUUAUCUUUUAUUUAAACUAUUUUAUUAUACAAUAAAAUGAUUGUUUUAGAAAUUCAAAAUAAAAAUUUUCUCACUA